CGCAAAAGAAAUAGUAAUAGCGAGCGAAAGAGGGAAAGGAAUGACCGACACGCGGUUUCCUUCCACCCCUCCCUCUCUCCUCUCUCCUCUCUCUAGGGUUUCUUGAUAAGCAUCCAACGAAUCGCAUCGCGAGGUCCCGUAAUCCGCAGUAGCGGGUUUCGAUCGCUGUCACGGUCUCCAAUAUCGAGGGUUCAACAAUGGAAGAUACCGCAAACAUGGAGAGCCAUUUAUCAUCAGCUGCGGCUUUCGUGGAAGGAGGUAUUCAGGAUGCUUGUGAUGAUGCAUGCAGCAUCUGUCUUGAAGUCUUCUGUGAAAGUGAUCCUUCAACGGUUACUAGUUGCAAGCAUGAGUUUCAUCUACAAUGUAUUCUUGAAUGGUGCCAGAGGAGCUCUCAGUGUCCUAUGUGCUGGCAGUCCAUCAGUUUGAAGGAUCCUACCAGCCAAGAAUUAUUGGAUGGUGUAGAGCGCGAAAGGAACGUCAGACUUAACAAUACACGGACUACCACAAUUUUUCAUCAUCCUGCUCUUGGUGAUUUCGAAUUGCAGCAUUUGCCAGUUGGUGGAAGUGAUGCUGAACUCGAAGAGCGUAUUAUUCAGCACUUAGCUGCUGCUGCUGCCAUGGGAAGAGCACACCAUCUUGCUAGAAGAGAAGCACAGGGUAGAUCAGGAUCUCAUGGCCACCCACAAUAUUUGGUUUUCUCUACAAAUUCAAACACACCUUCUGUGGGAUCCCUGUCUGCCUCCUCUGUCACAAGAGUAGAAAAUGAGUCAGCUCCUGAAACAGUUGCUGCUAACCCAUCGGCCUCUGUAACUACUCCAGUAGGAGAAUCUGCUGAAGUAACAAGUGUUACCCCAACUCAUGCUAGCCAGAUUGCUUUGUUGACAUCUGGGACCAGCAGUGAUCGAUUCAGGGCACCAGCCGGCCAAUCCUCUCCGGUUAGCCAUGAACCAGGACCAUCAGACCUACAAUCCUUCUCAGAAUCUCUGAAAUCUCGCUUGAAUUCUGUCUCAAUGAGGUACAAGGAGUCCAUCGUUAAGAGCACUCGAGGGUGGAGGGAACGGCUGUUUUCACGAAAUAGUUCUGUGGCAGAUAUUGGUUCUGAAGUUAGGAGAGAAGUUAAUGCUGGUAUUGCCACUGUGUCACGGAUGAUGGAGCGCUUGGACACUAGAGAUAGUAGAAGAACAUCCAGUUCUUCUGCCUCGCCUAGUGCCGAAGUGCACUCAGUUAUGGAACCGAGAAAUGAGGGUGUUAUUUCCAAUCAUGCCAGUACUCAUCCAAACAAUAGUACUACAUCAUCUUCUUGCAUUGCAACUUCAGGUCUCGAUUAAGUUACUCUACAAGUUCUAAAGGUUGAACAUGCAGCAGUGUUCAACAUUGAAGGCUUAAUUGUGGUCUUGCUUGCUUGAAGGUGGCCAGGCCUGAUUUGACUGAGGUGACGAACAUCCUUUAAUCAGCUACUUUGGUUUGGUGACUCCCAAAUUGGUGGAUGAUGUUCGAUCUGUCUCAUGUAAUAGAGGUUAGCUGGUGCUUCGUGUGCUAAUAUAGCAAAAAUGGAGAGAUCAAGGACACGAGGUUGGGUGAUAGGGAUUGCUAAAGUUAGCAGAUCUGACUGAGAUGGAGUAUUGGAGGUCAAUGAAGGUGGAUGGCUGGCCUUAUCAAGGGCAGUAGUGGCUGUCAAGACCGUUGAGUGGAGAGGGAGAAGUGAAAAUUACGUACCGUCAAGAUUGUGAGGUGGAAGUUACAGUUGCUACGCAUGCUGCCUUAGUAUUUGUAACAAAGGAGGAAAAUGCUUCAAGGAAACUACUUUGUUUUUUGUUUUUUUGGUUUAGAUUUAAUAUGUUUGCUUUCAGGCGUUGAUAGAGAAACUUGUUGGCAGUAAUAACGGUUACAAUCCUCUGGAACAAAGGUUAUGAUAUGCUUUAUGUUGUUUAUAUGAAAUGGCCUCGUUGCUUAA